AUGCCUGUGUCCUUAAAGAGGUUGCAAGCGCGCCAGGAACGAGUCGCGAGUGGUCUGGAGAGAAAGGUAACACGAGUGACGUCGAAAGGUCCGAAGGCGAAGGGUGUGCAGUCGAAAAAUCUCAAUCCGUACCUUGUGGGGUUUUUACUCUUCAUCCUUGUCGGAGGUGCUUUGUUGCCGCACGUACAGCGGUACAUUAUGGGUUUUUUUGCUUCCGCAGAGAUCUGA